CUCAGUUGAGUGUUAGCUGUGCCUAACUUCCAUAACAAGGCCCAUUUACCACCCCAGCUUGCAGUGAGCAAGCUAUCGAUGGCUAUACCCUGAAAAUGCGUCGUCGUUGAAUGCCUCAAUUUACAGAACAGCUCGGUGAUGUUUUUUUAAGCUCACAAAAAAGUGAGGAAAUAAAAAAAUUGAUGGAUUGACUUUUUAAAGACAUGCGAAUGGCAAGCUAAACAUCAGCACUAGCACCAGCUGACUCUGCAGUGCACAUUUUUCGAUGGAUAGUUUUGUAAACUUUCACCAGAGACAACAUGACUUCGUGGGUUGUCAGCGAAAUCUACCCAAUUUGGACAUAUUCUUAUCUGGUGUUGCUGUUCCCUGUCUUCCUGGCCACUGACUACCUCUGUUAUAAGCCUGUGUUGGUGUUGCAGGCAGUUAGCUUUGUGGUCACUUAUGUGAUGCUGCUCAAAGCACAUGGCCUUCAGGCCAUGCAACUGCUGGAGUUUUUCUUCGGGCUCGCCACAGCCUCGGAGGUGGCUUACUUCUCGUACAUCUACAACGUGGUAGAGCCCGCGCACUACCGGAGGGCGACUGCUUACUGCCGCAGUGUCACGCUUUUCGGCUCGGCCGCCGGCUCACUCACCGGCCAGCUCCUCCUCACCCUGGACGAAGUCAAACUGGUACACCUCGUCUGGGCCACGCUCGCGUCGGCCGUCGUCGCCUUUGUCCCGCCAUGGUUUCUUCCUAUGCCCAAGAGGAGCUUGUUUUUCCACAAGAAACCCGAGGGAGCAAUAGAGCGGCAGUGCGACUACAGCGGUGCCCUAAUCGAGAAAGUUGACAACAAGGUCCCUUUGGACAAUGAGGACGUCUCUAUUGUGUCCCCAGCCACUGAGGAGACAAAUACAAGCUGUGGUCUCCCUGAUGUCUUGAAGAUGCUUUUGGCAGACUUCCUGCACUGUUACAGACGAGGCCCCUUGCUAGCGUGGUCACUCUGGUGGGCGGUGGCCACAUGCGGAUACUUUCAGGUGCUUAACUAUGCCCAACCGCUGUGGGAGAACAUCCGGCCCUCCAGUGACUAUGACAUCUACAACGGCUACGUGGAGACGCUGUCCACACUGAUGGGGUCUGUGGCUGCUCUCCUGGUGGGCCACCUGCCUGUGCGCUGGACUGUGUGGGGAGAGCUGGUCUUGUGUGCCCUUUCACUACUCAUGGCAGCAUGUGUGUUUGUCAUGGUAACGCUGAAGAGCAUCUGGCUGUGUUAUGGCUCCUACAUUCUUUUCAGAGCAACCUACAUGCUGCUUAUCACGGUUGCCACUUAUCAAGUAGCUUCCAGUCUUGACAUGCAGCGCUAUGCCAUGGUAUUCGGCGUCAACACCUUUGUGGCUCUGCUGCUGCAGUCUCUGCUCACGCUGGUGGUGGUGGACUCAGCCGGCCUAGGAUUGGAUGUCUUCACUCAGUUUUACGUCUACGGCGGCUACUUUGCUGUCAUCUCCACUGUGUUCCUCUUCGCCGGGCUUUGCAAACUGUCCACGAGGCGGCACUCUGACCAAGAGGUCCUGUCCAGAAGUCCAGUAGACACAGACCGCACGUAAUAUGGACGUACUUUUUUCGACAGUCUAUUGUAGGUCAUCCAACACAGCAAACUACCGUUGUUGUUUUUUUGCUUGUUUACAUUUGACUCAGCACUUAUUUCACUCACGAAACACAAUCAUAAGUUUCAGUAUUAAACUGACUGCACUGAUAACAUUAAAAUGUGCUAUUGCUAAAUACAGUACACUACAAUUGUAUAUGAACCAGUUUGAGGCCUUAGAUUUGAAAGCAAUACUGUGUGUGGACUUUCUCCUCCUUCACCUUUUUUUUUUUUUAAAUAUGAAGACAAUGUGUUUUGUGUGGCCAAAAUUAGAAGUCACAGCCAAAGAUCAUAUAGCAUUUACUACUGUGUAUUUGGUAAAUUGUAUCGAAUUGGUAGUGAAAUGUUUGUGUGUGUUUGUCCAUGUCACUAUUAUGAGCUUCAGAACAGAAAUCUGAAAUAAGGUAAAGUUUUUUUGUUUUUUUUUUAUCUUACUUGCUAAGGUUACAAUUAAAUGUACUUUAAUUCCAUCUCAA